CGCUGUUGUACUUCCGAGUCCCGCAGCCCAGUAAGCCCACUGUUUCCUAAAGUAUGUUUACAAUUGUUUGCUCACUUUAAUGAGCUCUAUAUAGGCACAGGGCUACAGCGCGACUUCCAGGGCUGUGAGUUUUAGUGUCAGGCAGAAUGUCUCGCUGUGUUGCGUUACAGACGCAUCUGGCGUCAGUGGUGGAGGCGUUAGUUCACGCCGCGAUCGCCGAAAUGUACAAACUAAUGGAAGAGGAGAGGCUGUCGUUUAUCAUUAGUGAUAUUACCAGCGAUCAGUGUGAAGACGAGGAGACUGGGUCAAGAAUGAAGAGGGGAAAGGAGGAGAGAAUGAAGCAGUUUGCAUCAGUCAUGGAAGUAUUGGGCAACGAGGCUCUUGGGAAAAUAAUCAAACUUGUUGAUGAAACCAAAUUUCUGUUGGACCUGGAGUGUAAAACAUUUUCAGGCAAGAGGGUAAAACGUCCCGGCAGUAUCUUGAACAUUCUGUCUGUUGGAGGACUUGAAGAGGAACAUUCUUAUGAUGGAAGUGCAAGAAUCCUGGAGACAAGAACAAGAAAUGAGUCUGAUGAGGCCACAGAAGACCGUCCAGAAUCCCCACUGACGUUGGCUGUGACGAUCAGAAAUGAAUUUGGAAAAGUUGACUUGAAGUCCAUCAGUAGUGGUCACUUAAACACUUCUUCAGAAGACCGAGUCCUGCAAGAAGACGGCAGUGAAGAUCCUCAAGACGCCGUCACUCUCUUCGGAAAGAGAUCCUUCAUUUGUUCCGAGUGCGGCAAGAGUUUCUCUUCUCAAAGCAACCUCAAAUCACAUCAGCGCAUUCACACCGGAGAAAAGCCCUUCGGCUGCGUCCUCUGCGGCAAGGCUUUCGCCCACAAACAGAGUCUGUCCGACCACCAUCGAGUCCACUCAGGAGAAAAGCCAUUCGUUUGUAAAGUCUGCAGCAAAUGCUUCGGGAAAGCCGCGCACCUCAAAACCCACGAAAUAAUCCACACGGGCGAAAAGCCGUUCGGCUGCAACGUUUGCGGGAAAAGGUUCAACAUUGCUCAGAAUCUCUCCAGGCACCAACUCACCCAUACGGGCGAAAAGGAUUUUCGGUGUACGAUAUGUCAGAAAAGCUUCACGCGGGCCAUCACGCUGAAAACGCAUCAGCUCAUCCACACGGGUCAGAAACCGUACUCCUGCGUGUCUUGCGGGAAGGCGUUCCGCCACGCCGUCAACCUUAAAAACCACGAGCGUAUCCACACGGACCAGCGGCCGUUCAGCUGCGACCUGUGUGGCAAGACCUUCCGCCAGGCCGUCAAUCUGAAAAUCCACAAACGGAUCCACACGGGGGAAAAACCCUUCAGCUGCAAGGAGUGCGGGAAGAGCUUCAGUCAGCAGAGCAGCCUCAUUUCACACGGACGCACUCACUCCGGAGAGAAACCCUUCGGCUGCAAUUACUGCGACAAGUGGUUCAACAACACCAACAGUCUGAAGCUGCACCAGAGGGUCCACACCGGCGAGAAGCCGUACAAUUGUGAGUAUUGUGGCAAGAGUUUCAGUCAAGGCAGUCACCUGCGCACUCACAAACGCCACGUUCACGGUGGGGGGAAGCAGUACAUCUGCGAUAAAUGCGGAAAGAGAUACGCAGAUCCUCGUAAUCUUAAACUGCACAAAUGCGUUUAUGCUUAAACACACCGUGUGUAGGUCAUUUUGAGCCCAUUUUUCUUUGGUUUAGAAAUUACUGAAGGAAAAUAGCUGCAAUCACAUAGAAUUUUUUCAUUUUGAGUUUCAUUUCCCGAAUGAUGAAUAGAAAUAGAUGUGAUGAGCAUAAUUUGAGUUAGGAUUACUUAAAAGUUGGUUAAGAGUAAUCCAUCACAGGUGAAAAUUUAUUUUGAAUUAUGUAUUUAUUUCAAAUUAAUAUUAUAUUUUGUACCUUUCUUUACACGCGGACACGUCGGAAAAGCUCUUUUUAUAGCUCUUUAAUAUUUAUUUUUGAUGGAACACAAGACCGUGAUCAGAACCAGAGAAAAUAUCUACAGUUCUGAUCAUCGACAACCCCUGAUAUUGACGUCUUGUGCAAAACAUAAUGUUAAUUCUUUAAUUUAUAAUUAUUAUUUUUGUGUAAUUAAUUAUUAUUUACAGCUACAGAUGAGUGAGGUGUUCAAAACCUUAAUACUAUUUAAAGCAUUAGUACUUUAUUAGUUCACAAGUACGUUAUUGCUGUUGUUGCCCUGUUGUCUGUCAAAUCAUUUAUUUGAUUCAUGAAAAUGUUGCCAAAUACAGUUUUCAAUAAACAUUGUU